AUGGCGACUACAGAGGAUCAGCAGACGGGUCUGUACAUGGCUCCGGCGACGCAGAUGUUGAAACAGUUGGCGGCCCAGGAGGAAGCUGGCAACGCUCGUGCCGAGGAAGCUUUCGCCGCAACCGGCGGUCCGUGUCCCGAAGAGAAGAAGUCGUGGGAAGGAUACCACGCGAGCAUGGAGGACAAGAAGGAGGAGAAGGAUGCAGCUACACUCGACGGCACCUCGGGCAAAACCAAAUCCUCUGCUUCCCUUGCCUCCGAAGAACUCUGGGAACAUUGGUUUCUCACCCUGCAUCCCAACCCGGGGGAGAAGGUCUCGGUGAUCACCCGCGGCGACCAUUUCGAGGGGGACCUCCCCAAGGUACUCGUCGACCUCCCGGAAGACUGUCGCGCGUUCCAGGGAGGCCGGACCAUCGAGAUCUGUCACCCCUACACCUUCUUCCUCUGCGACGACGGCAAGGCCUGGGUGUCCUGGUACCGCGGCAGGUUCAUCAGGUGGAUGGGCCCCGCCGUGGCCGACCUGGGCCAGAUCCGCAGGAGGGUGUCGGGCACCGACACCUUCCCGACCGACUUCAUCGGCUCCAAGAGGGAACGUUCGGCCUUGCUGGAGGCGGUGGCAACGGUCGAGCGCGGCCAGCUGUAA